UUUCAGCCCAAGCUUUAGGCGCAGUCCGGUUCUGUAACCUGGCUCUUUGGCCGUCUCGUGACCGGAGCCAGCGAGCAGCGAGAAGGCCAUGCUGAGGCUCUGCGGGGGGCGCCUGGCCGCCCAGUUGAGCAGCCUACAUGGGUGUCUUCAUAAUCCAGCCUGGGGAAGCGUCCGGCGCAUCUCAUCUUGCAUUGAUCCUUCCUUGGGCCUUAAUGAUGUACAGAAGGAGUUCCAGAAAGUGGCCUUUGACUUUGCCGCCCGGGAGAUGGCCCCACAAAUGGCAGAAUGGGAUCAGAAGGAGGUUUUCCCAGUGGAGACCAUGAGGAAGGCGGCCCAGUUGGGCUUCGGGGCUGUCUACGUUCGCUCCGAUGUGGGAGGGUCGGAGCUGUCCCGGCUCGACGCCUCCAUCAUAUUCGAGGCCCUGGCCACAGGUUGCACCAGCACCACAGCCUACAUAAGCAUCCACAACAUGUGUGUCUGGAUGAUUGACUCCUUCGGAAAUGAAGAACAGAGGCACAAAUUCUGUCCGCCACUCUGCUCUAUGGAGAAGUUUGCUUCCUACUGUCUGACGGAGCCAGGAAGCGGGAGUGAUGCUGCGUCCCUUAUGACCUCAGCCAAACGCCAAGGGGAUCACUACAUCCUCAAUGGCUCCAAGGCUUUCAUCAGUGGGGGUGGUGAGUCAGAUAUCUAUGUGGUCAUGUGCCGGACUGGAGGACCAGGCCCCAAAGGGAUCUCCUGCCUGGUCAUUGAGAAGGGGACCCCAGGCCUCAGCUUUGGGAAGAAAGAGAAGAAGGUAGGGUGGAACUCCCAGCCAACAAGAGCUGUGAUUCUCGAAGACUGCGCUGUACCUGUGGCCAACAGGAUUGGAAACGAGGGACAAGGUUUCCUUAUUGCCAUGAAAGGACUGAAUGGAGGGAGGAUCAAUGUUGCUUCCUGCUCCCUUGGAGCCGCUCAUGCUUCAAUCAUGUUGGCCCGAGACCACCUCAAUGUACGUAAGCAGUUUGGAGAACCGCUGGCCAACAAUCAGUACUUGCAGUUCAAACUAGCCGACAUGGCCACGCGGCUGGUAGCUUCCCGGCUAAUGAUCCGCAGUGCGGCAGUGGCCUUGCAGGAGGAGCGGGAAGAUGCCGUGGCCCUCUGCUCCAUGGCCAAGCUUUUCACCACCGAUGAGUGCUUCGCAAUAUGCAACCAGGCCCUGCAGAUGCAUGGCGGCUAUGGCUACUUGAAGGAUUAUGCUGUGCAGCAGUACGUGCGGGACUCGAGGGUCCACCAGAUCCUGGAAGGUAGCAACGAAGUAAUGAGAAUGCUCAUAUCUCGGAACUUGCUUCAGGCGUAGCACCAGGUGGUUUUUUAGGCCCGGUUCCUGCUUGUUCUGUCUCCGCUCCAGUAAUGAUGUUGAAUUACAAGGGAACCCCUACACCAAGAAGCUGGACCCCCUAGAGCGGGACACUCACUCCUCCCCUCAACCAGGGCCUCUUUUCCAACAACAAAGCAUCCUGAGGAUUCAGGCAGGGGGAGGGCCUGUAGCUUGGAGUGGGGGAUUCACCAGAAGGAUUUGCUUUGUGGUGCUGUUGAAGACUCUUGGUGGCAGGGAUUAGCACUUAACUGGAGCCAAUGUACUCUACUAGUACCAAAUUGCCUUAAACUACCUACAUUUGACCUAUGUCCCGUGCACUUAACAGUUCCCCUUUCUAUAGCACUUUGAGGCACUUUCAGAGUGCCUCAGAAAUCAUACCUGGGUGGGUAGGACAAAUAUUUUCCCUGCUUAUAGAGAAGACGACUGAGGCUUAGAAUAAAGUGACUUGUCCAAGGUGACCCAAGCUGGAUGGAACUGGGAUCCAUAAAGACUGACUCCAAGACUGGCGCUCUUCUCACCAUACGGUUGGAGAUUACUCUUUUGGGAACCUGGAUGCUCCAUUAUGUGCAUUAGCUAAAUAGAGCAGAGACUGGAGGAAGAUGGAACCGAGGGGGAAUCCUGCGGUUUUUAAAAAAUGAAUCCGAUAGGCGUGCCUUGUACUGUGCUCUGAAACAACCCUUGAGGUGCACGACGCUAGCUCAUUUUAGAGCAAGACAGGCAGGUGGCCAAGUAGACAAGCUAGUUGUGUGUGACCCUAGACAAGUUGCUUAACUUCGGAUUGCCUUAAUCUCCUGGAGAAUGAAAUGGAAAACCAUUUCAGUAUUUUUGCCAAGAAAGCCCCACAGAGGGACACAAAAAGUUGGAUGUGACUGAACAACAGAUCAAUGUAUUUAUAUAGGUCAAGAGUGAAGAAAUCUUGCUCCUGAGCUAUGUCCAUUCUUAAAGCUUUCCCCACAGAUCAGGGGUGAUUGGCUGGAAACUUGAUUUGUUUCUCCUAGAAUCAUUAUCAAUAAAAACAUGCAGAUAAGAGUGGAUUUGGGGUUUUUAGAAUCCCUUCUCAUUCAAGACUGAGUAUUUUUCUCAUAUUGGGAAGGUUUUGACAUUCUAAAUAAAACAUUCUUGCAAAUCAAA